AACAUCGUGCGUCUGGGCUUUGGAAAAUGUGCCGUGCAAAGGCGUUCGUUUAUUUUUAGCCAACGUGCCGAUAUUUCCACACUCCCAGUGCUCCAAAUUGGACCGACAAUCGACAACUGCCAAAUUAAUUGCAGAUGAAAGGCAUCGUUUGCCCGUGUGGCUUCAGGGAAGAGUUCCAGAGACCUUCAGCAUCCGUGGAAUCGAUUAUAUAACCCAGGAACGAUUAACGAUAAUGCCCAGUAAAUUUCAGAGGAAAAGCUCCCCAGCCACAGGAGGAGGUGGAGGUGUAGCAGUGGGAGUGGGAGGGGCGUCCUCCGUUUCCUCCACGCCCAGCAAUCAGCCAAGGAAGCGGGUGAAACGAUGCUGCCGGAACUUCGUCACCUUUAUGUGCACACAGGUGGGCGUGGGCGCCCUCAUUGUGUUCUACGCCAUCUGCGGCGCCUUCGCAUUUAUGCACAUAGAGCGGCAGUUCGUGGACGAGACCGCCGGCCAUGUGAUUGAGCUACGCCAAGACUGCUCUCAACAGCUAUGGCGGAUCACGGAGGAGCACAACGUCGUUGAUCGCCUACGCUGGACCGAGGCGACAAAUGCCGUGCUGCAGGACUACCAGGUCAAGAUAGCUGGCGUCAUCAAGCACGGAUAUGUGGGCCGGAGUCCUGAGCAGAUCUGGAGCUUCCCGGCCGCCUUGAUGUUUUGCCUUUCGGUGAUAACCAUGAUCGGUUACGGGAAUAUGGUGCCCCGAACGCCGUGGGGCAAGGGAUUGACCGUGAUCUAUGCCACCUUUGGCAUACCCUUGUACAUUCUGUACUUUCUGAGCAUGGGACGGGUGCUGGCGCGCUCCUUCAAGUUCCUCUACCGCUCCAUGCACGACUGCACCCAGGAGCAUCCAGGUCUGGAUCGCCUGGAUGCUCUAGAGGGUGGUGUUAACCUGCCCCGCAAGAAGGUUAUUGUGCCCUCGACGGCCUGUCUGUGGGUUAUUUUCUUCUACGUACUCACCGGCACCGUCAUGUUCGCCAACUGGGAGAAAUGGAGCUUCCUGAACAGCUUCUACUUUUGCAUGACGUCGCUGUGCAAGAUCGGUUUCGGUGACUUUGUCCCGGGAGCCUCGCUUACCACCGCAGCCGACGUCAACGCCGCCACGCACAAGUUGCAGGAGGACAUAGGCGCUGAUCCGGAAGAGUUGGCCCAGCUGCAGUCCGUGGCCGCCGAUCAGCACUCGAAGCUGGCCAUCAACUUUGUGUACAUGCUGCUGGGCAUGGGCCUGGUGGCUAUGUGUCGCAACCUGAUGCGCGAGGAGGUCCGGAUGAAGAUGCGCGAGAUGCGUGAGGACGCCAAGCUGUGCAUGGAGGACACGAGGCUGCGUUUUGUCGGUUGCUGCGGGAAUCCCCGGGAUGCCUACGAAAGCGAUUACUAUUAGGGUCACUACGAGGAGUAGGCGGAUGUUAAGUUUGAUGUUUUUGGAUAAACAAUCCGCUAUUCACGUUAAGUUUUUUAACUUGACUAUCAGGACCUUUUUGUUGGCUUUAGAUUAUGUAUCUUAUUUAGGAGAACUACGAAUUUAGUAACGAUAGGGCUUUAUACAAUCUGUUAGAUAUAAAAUGUGUAUGAGUGCAAAGUGUGUUAAAUGUGUCUUACUGUGUGAACACAUCCCCAACGGCAUCAAAUGUAAUCCAAUCCGAUCCUGCAGCUCACCAUUGAUCAAUUCCUGCAACUGCAAGAG